AUGAACGAAGACAUCUCGUAUGAGGAGCAUGUACAGCAGAAUAACCAAAGAUUGAUAUCUAUUAAAAUGAGUCUGAUGGAGGGGAACACAUUCCCAUCCGCCUGUAGUGAGCUAACUCAGUGGUGUGGAGACCAACGUGCAUUCUCUUCAUAUUUCGAGGAGAAUCUUCUUGCCGCACUGCAGGUCGCUGUAGAGAACGGUACUAAAGAUGGUUUUGACUUUGCUCUCGCUCAUCAGCUCAUUUCUGCAUGCUUCGCUCACCGUAAACUGCUCAGCAAGGACAGUGCCACUCGCAUUAACCGCUGGUACGAACAGUUCCGGCGAUUGAAGAAGAGUGGCGGAAAGCGGAAGAAGAAAAGCGAUUCAUCUGAAAGUGCUACUCCUCUUCUAAGAGACCGGAACAUCGAAGAGGUUAAAGUAUCCGAAAGUGGUCAAAUGUGGCCGUCGGCUGGGCCGAUGCUACAAAGUCCAUCGUAUCCUCCCGGCCCGGCACCUUCUGCCAUGAUCCAGACUCUACCUGGUUAUGGAAUGCAACCAUCACCGUACCCAAUGGAUCCGGCGGGCGCUCGCCCGCAGCAGUACCCAUCGGUUUCGGACCAGAAUGUGGGAGUCUACGACCAGAAUGCAAUCAAUUACAACCAACAACAACAAAGAAUGAUAAUGAUGCAUCAACAACAACAAAUGCAGCAGGUCCAAGCUCACGCGAGGUCUCGGCGAGGUCCGAGUGUGCCCAUGCCGCAACAGCCUGGCCAACCGUUUGACCCUAUGUAUCAAGGCGUUCCGAUGGGUGUAAACAACGUUCCUGGUCAAGCGCAGCCGCUGAUGCGCUACCCGCAAGGUGCAAUGACGUCACCCUCGUACCCGAUGCCAACGAACGGUAGACCUAGUGGCGUGAUGACGUCUCCAGGAUAUCCUCAAAUGUAUCGCGCCGGCGCACCUGUUCUCUACGGGCAAGUGCAACAGCAAGCCCAGCAUCAACAGGUAAUUUCCUAUCCAAAUCCCAACGCACCACCGGACGGGAGAUACAACGUCCCGUAUAUUUCCGAUGGCGUUCCGCCAGUGAUUGUUCCGAAAGAAGUGAUUUUGCGGCCAUUCGGUCUUGAACACAACAUGAAUCACCACACUUUCACUUUCAACCUCCGACCUGAAAUCAUGCAACAACUGCAGUCACCAUUCAUUGAUAUUCAACUGAAAAGCUUUCAUAAGGAUGACAAGAAAAUGACUACCCAGUGGCCUCCUAAGCAAGCUUCAAAUGGGCAAUCCGUGCCUGGCACGCUGCCCGAGUGUAGCAUACAGGUGCUGAUCAACGGUCAAAUAGUACCAAUACCUGAUCUCGGCCGAUCACUAUUUAUCAAGCAGGUGGUUAUCUCCGGUCCGAACACGAUCGAGUUCACCGUGAACCAGUGUGUAUGUUCGCACUCAUUCAUUAUGCAACUUGUUGUUCGGCAACCUCUUGCCAAAAUCACCCAGGACAUUUUCAACCGCACGCAGUGUUGCACCAUGGAGAUGUGUCGGGAAAAAAUGCUUAAACUCACCCCGCCAACUGGAUUGCGUGUUCCCCUGGUGUGUGACGUCACUCAUCGUAGAAUGUCAAUCCCAGCACGAUCAUCACGAUGUGUUCAUGCUGCGUGUUUCGAUCUGGAGCCUUUCAUAAUGCAGCAAAAUGAGAACUCACUGUACGAGUGCCACCUUUGCAAGACGAUUUUCCAACUUAACGAAAUUGAUCUUGACUAUUUCGUGGGAAAAAUGCUACGCGAGACGACAGGGAAUCAGGCUGCAGAAAUGCUGCUCGAACCAAACGGCGAAUACCGGCCAGUUGAGCAGGAACUCAGUGGUCGGAAACGGCAGAAUGACGAGAACGGUCCCGCCCAUCCAAUCAAGAGAAUCAAGAGCGAGCCCUUUUCAGCGACGGUCGCACCACCGUCGGUGAUGUCACCGUUUCCUCCACCGCCUAGCUCAGCUCCAAUUGGAACUGCUCCAUCUAUGAUGAGUCCUUUUGCUGCCAGUCAAAGUUUCAGCCCAAUCAAAGCGGUCUCGUCACCAGCAGGUGCCCGCUUCACCGGCGGUCCUGGAACACCAUCAACACCGCUUGCGCCACAAAAUCCUGCCUCAGUUGGUGCUGCACCAACAGCCGGUUCUCUGUCGUCGGAACCCGUCAUUCAUAGUACCAGUCCACAUCAAACCCAAAUUCAACAGCACGGGAGCGUAGAAGCGCCGUCGCUUACUGGUUCAGCUCCAUACACACCUGCUUCAGUAAACUCGGGAGUCGCUUUGCCAACUGUGAACUCUGCUGACCAACCGUUUGCCAAUGUCCAUAAUCUGUCGUUGUCGAGUAUUGACAUCGAAAUCGACGGAAAAAGCUUGUUCACUUCGGCAUUGAUGACCGCCGAUGACAUCAAAAAGUACUUGAACGAUAGCGACAAUGUUUUCUCAGCUUUUGAUGACCUCACUUGCACUAAUGAUGCACCAUCAUUUGGUGGCUUCCCUCACUGCUGGGAGGAUAUCCAGUCAAUAAUAGCAGCUGACGAGAAGCGGGGUUGA